GCAGAGCGAGCGCGCAAGCCAGCCAGAGCCGCGCGGCGGGGCGGGAGAGCGUCGCCUGGUGCGCCGGCGGCAGCAGCAGCAGUAGCGCGCCCCGACUCGCUCGGGGCUGCAGGCGCGGCGGUGGCGCCGUCGGAGGAGGAGGAGGCGGCGGCGGCGGCGGCGCAGGGUGGGCGCGCCGUCGGGGCAGCCAUGCAGGCGCGCCGGGCCAGGCUCAAGAUCCCGUCGCUGACCUUGGUGGAUCUGUCACCCGGUAGCCAGAGUCCAGUGCUCCUCAGCCCCUGCAGUCCUUGCAGCCCCUUGGCCCUGCAUCCCUGGAGCUGCCGGAACAGCAACCGGAGGAGCCUGGUGGUUGGGACGCCUUCGCCCACUCUCUCUCGCCCUCUCUCCCCUCUCUCGGUGCCGACAGCUGGGAGCAGCCCUGUGGACAGCCCCCGGAACUUCUCCACCGGCGCCUCUGCCAGCUUCCCCUUCGCCCGCAGCCAUGCCCCACGGACUGACAGGGCUGACGGCCGCAGGUGGUCUCUGGCUUCGCUGCCCUCGUCCGGCUAUGGCACCAACACGCCCAGCUCCACCAUCUCGUCAUCGUCCUCCUCCUCCCAGGAGAGGCUCCACCAGCUGCCCUACCAGCCCACCCCAGACGAGCUGCACUUCCUCUCCAAGCACUUCCGAAGCACGGAGAGCGUGGCGGGCGAGGACGGGCGCCGAUCGCCGUACUUCCGCCCGCGGUCCCGCAGCCUGAGCCCCGGGCGGACGUGUGGGACCUUCGACAAUGAGAUCGUCAUGAUGAACCAUGUGUACAAGGAGCGCUUCCCCAAGGCCACGGCCCAGAUGGAGGAGCGCCUGGCGGAGACCAUCUCCAGCGCCUCGCCCGGCAGCACCCUGCCCCUGGCCGACGGCGUGCUGGGCUUCAUCCACCACCAGAUCCUCGAGCUGGCCCGCGACUGCCUGGCCAAGUCCCAGGGGGCCCUCGUCACCUCCCGCUACUUCAUGGAGCUGCAGGAGAAGCUGGAGAAGAUGCUGAGAGACGCCCAGGAGCGAUCCGAGAGCGAGGAGGUGCGCUUCGUGGAGCGGCUGGUGCGGAAGCUUCUGAUCAUCAUCUCCCGGCCGGCCCGCCUGCUGGAGUGCUUGGAGUUUGACCCAGAGGAGUUCUACCACCUGCUGGAGGCGGCGGAAGGCCACGCCAAAGUGGGGCAGGGGGUCAAGACGGACAUCCCCCGUUACAUCAUCAGCCAACUGGGGCUGGCGAAAGAUCCUCUGGAGGAAAUGGUUCACCUUGACCAGGUGCACGGCGGCUCCCCCGCCGGACCCGAGCAGCAAGACGAGCACCCCGAGAACCGGACUUCCGCCCCCGCCUCUCGGAGGAAGCCCUGCGAGAGCGACUUUGAAACCAUCAAGCUGAUCAGCAACGGAGCCUACGGGGCCGUCUACCUGGUGAGGCACAAGGAAAGCCGGCAGCGCUUUGCCAUCAAGAAGAUCAACAAGCACAACCUGGUGCUGCGGAACCAGAUCCAGCAGGUCUUUGUGGAGCGGGACAUCCUGACCUUCGCCGAGAACCCCUUCGUGGUCAGUAUGUUCUGCUCCUUCGAGACCAGGCGCCACCUAUGCAUGGUCAUGGAGUACGUAGAAGGCGGGGACUGCGCGACUCUGCUGAAGAACAUGGGCCCCCUUCCCGUUGACAUGGCCCGGAUGUACUUCGCCGAGACGGUUCUGGCCCUGGAGUACCUCCACAAUUAUGGCAUCGUCCACCGAGACCUCAAGCCGGACAACCUGCUCAUCACCUCCAUGGGGCACAUCAAGCUGACCGACUUCGGGCUCUCCAAGAUCGGCUUGAUGAACAUGACCACGAAUCUCUACGAGGGCCACAUCGAGAAGGACACGCGGGAGUUUGUGGACAAGCAGGUCUGUGGCACCCCGGAGUACAUUGCGCCCGAGGUGAUUCUCAUGCAGGGCUACGGCAAGCCGGUAGACUGGUGGGCCAUGGGCAUCACCCUGUACGAGUUCCUGGUGGGCUGCGUCCCCUUCUUCGGCGACACCCCAGAGGAGCUCUUUGGCCAGGUGAUCAGCGACGAGAUCAUGUGGCCGGAGGGGGAGGAGGCGCUUCCCGGCGACGCACAGGACUUGAUCACGCGGCUGCUUCGGCAUUGCCCGCUGGAGCGCCUGGGCACAGGGGGCGCCCACGAGGUGAAGCAGCACGCCUUCUUCUGGACCCUGGACUGGAACGGGCUGUUGCGGCAGAAGGCCGAGUUCAUCCCGCAGCUCGAGGCCGAAGACGACACCAGCUACUUUGACACUCGCUCGGAGCGCUACCGGCACCUGGCCUCUGAAGACGAGACCAACGACGAGGAGAUGUCCCUAGAGAUCCGCCAGUUCUCCUCUUGCUCCCACCGGUUCAGCAAGGUCUACAGCAGCUCCGAAUACCUGGCUCAGCCCUGCAGCCUCGGCUCGGCCUCCUCGGAGCAGCAGAGCCGCGGGGCGGACAAGGAGGACCCGGCCGAGAGCUGGGACCGCAGCUCUGGGGACGAGGAGAAGAGCCGGGUCCUGGGCACCGAGACCAGGCUCCGCGCCUGGACCUCGUGCGGCUCCACGGUCCACGCCUUCCGGCAAGAGCGCAGCCACAGCCCGGCCGUCCUGAGCAGCACCUGCAGCCUGGAGGCCAUGCCCAAGUUCGCCUUCUCCUCGGAGGACGAGAGCCCUUGCAGGGGCCCCGGGGCCAAGCGGGAGCGCCCCAUCUUCGUGGUGGGCGAUUCGGAGGCAGCCGCGCCGAGAACCCCGGGCAAAGCUUCCGCGCUGGCAGCCGACCUGGCCAGCCUGACCCGCGUCCGCCUCCGGAGCAACAGCACAGGCACCAAGAACGCUGCCCCGCGGGGCCUGGAGGCGGAGGGCGGCCGCCGGCUGGGCAGCCACAAGGACGCCCCCGCUGGGAAGCAGCGCGUCUCGUCUGGCGGGCGGGUGCCCAAGUCCGCCUCAGUCUCCGCCCUGUCGCUCCUCAUCAGCGCAGACGACUUGGGCGGGGCUGCCCUGGUGAGCCCCAUCUCGCCCCGCUCCCUCUCCUCAAACCCCUCGUCCCGCGACUCCUCCCCGAGCCGGGACUCUCCGCUGGGGGGCGCCCGGCUGCGGCCUCCCAUCGUCAUCCACAGCUCGGGCAAGAAGUACGGCUUCACCCUGCGCGCCAUCCGCGUCUACAUGGGCGACAGCGACGUCUACACCGUGCACCACAUGGUCUGGAGCGUUGAGGACGGGAGCCCGGCCCAGGAGGCGGGCCUGCGCGCCGGAGACCUCAUCACGCACGUCAACGGGGAGUCCGUCCUGGGCCUGGUGCACAUGGACGUGGUGGAGCUGCUGCUCAAGAGCGGCAACAAGGUGGCGCUGAGGACCACCGCCCUGGAGAACACCAGCAUCAAGGUGGGCCCUGCGCGCAAGAACAGCGCCAGGACGCGGAUGGCCCGGCGGAGCAAGAAGAGCCGCAAGCGAGAGAGCCAGGACCGGCGGAAGUCCCUCUUCAAGAAGAUCUCCAAGCAGACGUCUUCGGCUCUUCACACCAGCCGCAGCUUCUCCUCCGGGCUGCACCACUCCCUCUCGUCCAGCGAGAGCCUGCCGGGCUCCCCCACCCACAGCCUGUCCCCCGGGCCCGCCACCCCCUGCCGCAGCCCCGCCCCAGACAACCUGCCAGACUCCGUCUCGCCGCAGAGCUCCUCCCCGUCCUCCAGCACGCCCACUUCUCCGGCAGGACACAUCCGGCCCAGCUCCCUGCACGGCCUGGCGCCCAAGCUCAGCAACCAGCGCUACAAGGUGGGGCGCCGCAAGUCCACCAGCAGCAUCCCGCCCUCCCCCUUGGCCUGCACCCCCUCCUCUUCCGCCGCCGCCGCCGCCCCGCAGCCUCCCUCCCCACCGAGGCCCCCCUCGCCGCUCCCGCCGCUCGCCAAGGGCGCCCAGGGCUUCCCGGGCAAGACGCUCUCGCCGCCCACCCUGGCCCGCCAGGCCUCCCAGCCCCGCAGUGCCGACGGGCCGCGCUCCCCGCUGCUGCAGCGCGUCCGGUCGGCCGAGACGAAGGGCGCUGUCGGCCGGAAGCUGAUGCUGGAGAUGCCCGUCCGGGGGGAGGAGGGCGCCGUGGGGGAAGGCGGCCCCGAGCCCGGCCCGGCCCGACUCCGGGAGUGGCCCGGGGAACGUCACGACCGGGACCAGGAGGUGGUGGUCAUGCGGCGGCUGAACCUGUCGGAGCGCCGCGACUCCUUCAAGAAGCAGGAGGCCGUCCAGGAAGUGAGCUUCGACGAGCCGGAACUGGCGCCGCCGUCCGGCGGGGAGGGCCCAGCGGAGAGGCCCUGCCGCUCGCCCCCGGCCGCUGAGCCCCGGCUGCCCCCCGUGCCCCACAUUGCGGUGCCAGGGGAGGAGGCGGGCGGGGGCGGGGCCGCCUGGGAGUGCCAAGCCUCCUACCCCGCCCGGCUGGAGGCCCGCGUCUACAUCGAGCAGGAGGACGGGACGACGGCCGUGGAGUACAAGAGCGUCUCCUCCCAGCACCGCGGCCGGGAGCCUCGGGAGCCCUUGCCCAUCCUCGGAGCGGGGCCCAGGACAGGCGGUGGGGAGACGCAGGGGGCAGACGCCCUCCCAGCAGCAGCCGCCGCCGCCUCCAGGGGGCAGUGGCCGGAGAGCCAGCCCCAGGCGCUCCUCAGCGCCGGCUUGUCCCUGGCAGACCCAGAGGUGGAGGACCCUGGCCGCCCGCACAGACCCCCCGGCGGGGGCGAGGAGCCCUAAGGGCAAGGACCGUGGACUGGGGGCUUUCCUCCUGCCUGAGACACCCAAGAAGACGCCCUCUCCGUCCCCGGCUGGUGCUCCAGGCUGGAACUGGGGGGAGGAGGCAGAGCCCUGGGCUCAUUCUGUCCCCGGGAAAGGGGACCCCGUUCCUGCCGCGCCUCCGGAGUGGGCCAGGUCCAGGCAGGGAGACGGACACCCGGGUUCAGCUUCUCUCCCCUCCCAGGGCCGCCUCCCUCCAAUUUCCCGCCCCCCCUCCCCAGGGUGGGAGCACCCUCUACCCCAUGGCCUCCUCUCCCAGCAUCCUUUGCAGGGAAAGGCAGUGAAGGUGCCCUUGUGGGCCUUGGGGUGUGUGUGUGUGCGCGCAUGCGCAGGGGAGGCCUUCCCACUCCAGGGGUGGGGAUAGAGAUCCUGGCUCUCCACUGGCUGCAUUUCAGUGUCUAGACGUUCCACUGGGGAGGCCUCCCCUUCCUGCCCCCAGGGGGUGCCAUUCCUGGUCCAAGCAGGGGUCGUCUGGGGUCCUCGUCAGGAGUCAAGGUCAGCCGAUCUGGGCCAGAAUCUUUGGACGGGGAGUUUUAAGGGGAGUCAUUGUCUGUCUCUGGCAAGUAUUCCCUGCAGUAUUUGAACAAAUUGAGUCGGGUGGGCGGUAUCCCCCCCCCUUUUAAAAAAACCCUCUUUCCCAGAAGGUGGUUCCCCCUUUAUUUAUUUAUUUUCCAGGAAGAGGAUGGGCAAGAUGGGUUUGGAUCCCUAAAGAUGGACGGGCUUGGAAGCAGUUUGGCGAGCAGUCUCCCUCCCCCCCCCAACCAGCUGCCUGUAUGGGGUAUAUGCUGGAGACGUCCGCUGGGCUCCCCCACUUGGGGUCCUGAGGAAUCCCUUUUGGAAACUCCUUGUCCCACGGCAGGAGCGGCCCCCACCUGGAGUCUCCAGAUGUUGUUGGACUACAGCUCCCAUCAUGCUCAGCCACAAAGUCCAUUGCGGGUGGGGACGAUGGGAAUUGUAGUCCAACGCCUGGGGAUCUAAGGUUGAGAACUUCUGGCCUUCCAAACGGCGGGGCCCAGGAUUAAUUGGUGGGUGGGGUCGUGAUGCUUCAGUCCCCGACAGGGUGAGGGGGGGGCAGCAGGCUUUCUGGCUUGCUUUCCCCGCCGAGAGUCCUUGUCAGGUUCUCCACAUUUGACAUUCCAUGCAGUGAGUGUUUAUAUUAUUAUUAUUAUUAUUAUUAUUAUUUAUUUUUACAUUUAUCUCCCGCUCUUCCUGCAAGGAGCCCAGAGCGGUGUCCUGCAUACUUGAGUUUCUCUUUCACAACAACCCUGUGAAGUAGGCGAGGCUGAGAGAGAGAGAGAAGUAACUGGCCCAGAGUCACCCAGCAAGUCUCAUGGCUGAAGGGGGAUUUGAACUCGGGUCUCCCCGCUCCUAGUCCAGCCCUCUCACCACUAUGCCACGCUGGCUCUCAGUUCCCUGUUUUAUCAGGGAACUGGGGUGGGAGGGAGCACCUAGAGGUGUUGUGCUGACAGUUUCUUUUUGAAACACGCCGGCUCCCUAUCCUGCACUUUAUGGGAGAAAAAACAAGAGAGCUGUACAGCAUCAGAGCUCUCCUCAGGUUUUAUCCCCCCCCCCAAACACACACACACUCACACACACAAAGAACACACCUGGUGUGUGUCAGGGUGGGGCCGGUCAAGCCUUGUUUUCUGAGCCAAUCCCAGAAGAGCCCUUUAGGGAAAGCAGCACCCGCCCUCGCUGGUCUGGGUGCCCUUUGGGGUGCCACUGGCCAGCCUUCACCUCCUCAGCCCUCCCUCUCCCCCCCCCGAGAAUCCCCCCCAGCGAGCGUCUGUCUCCUGCGCAGCGUCUCCCCUGCCUCCUUUUCUCCAAAGGAUUUCCUAGCAAAGGGAGCCAGAAAAGACACAUUCUCUUUUUUGAGCAGGAGGGCAGAGAGGGGGCUGCCUGCCUGCCUGCCUGCCUGCCUGCUUCUCUCCCAACAAAGGCUGUUAAAAUGCACCUCUUCCCUCCCCGUUUUAUCGCAGCAGGGAAUGUCCCCUCCCCUUGCCGGACCCAGCGGUGCUUGUGGGGCCUGCUGGUCACCCGGUUUGCCCCAUUUCUUUCGGUUGAAAACGGCUCCCUUGCAGUGUAGGCCGGCUUGCUGCUGCUUCUGCCCUGAAGACACCCCGACGUGGGCUGUGCCCGUCACUCUCUCGGGUCCUGAGCCCCACUCAGAGCAGCCAGGGAGGAGAGCUGGAGGGGGUCUUGGCCCAUUCAAGUUGCUCCCUGCAUGUGGGUCCCCAGGCUCCCCCAAUGGGGCCAGCUUGCCCCUCCCUUCCCUUGCCCUUCCACCAGUUGUCGCCAUCCUAGGGGAAAGGAGUGAGGGUUUGGGGGCAGCCUCCCCAUCUUUGCCAAGGCCUGCGAAGGAGGCGGGUGGAUCUGACUUGACGGGGGAGGCAUUUGAAUGGGGAAACCGCCCUGGUUCAGACUGUGCCCUUCACAAUGGUCUCCCCUGGUGGAAGCCUGCUUAAAGGAGACCAGAAUAAAGGGAGCAAGACCUGGAUCUUCCUGGAUGACA